CCGAGCUUCGAAAAAUCAACCCCGAAAGUAGAAUCCUCCUCCACCAAGACAAUGCAAGCUCGCACAUAGCCCAAAAAACAAGGCAGUAUUUAAUGGAAGAAAACGUGGAAUUAUUGGACCAUCCUCCAUAUAGUCUCGACCUAAGUCCUAACGAUUUCUUUACUUUCCCGAAAAUUAAAUACAGACUGCGUGGUCAAAGGUUCCAGUCACCAGAAGAAGCAGUUGACAUAUUCAAAAAUGCCGUUUUGGAUCUGCCAGCAAACGAGUGGAAUAAGUGCUUCGAAAAUUGGUUUGAGCGGAUGCAGAUGUGUAUUAAUCUUCGAAAAACAAUAAAGUCAUUUAAAACUACCUACGGUGUUGUUUUAUUUCCAUAUGCAAAACUUUAA